GACUCUGUUCUAUUUGUCAAACAUGUCCUUCUCAGCUCUUAGGGCUCCUGAUGGUAAGGGCCAGAAUGGAGUCCCUCUGCUUGCUGUAAUUUAACGUCCCCUAGAUACUCCUCUCCCUUUCUGGGUCUUCGUGCCUGAACGUACUGAAUGUUCGCCUUGGAGAAAGAUGUUUUCAUCAUCAGAUCUGUACGGUUUCAACUGUUUCCUGUAAAUUUUUACACCCAAUGUCUUCACCCCCAUCAGUGGAACUGAAGCAUGGAUUCCCCUAUCACCCCCUCCAUUCAAAGAAGAAUAUGGAUUUGAGCCCUGGCUACCCUGGUGGAUGCUGCAGAGUUUUAAUCUUGGCCUUUUCAGUGUCUCAGUCCCUGAAAGGGAAGAAGCUUCCUUCAAUUUGCCUUUUCCUUUAAUAGGUGUUCUCUGUCCAACAGUGCUGAACUGGACCGGACACUCAGUCGGAGUCUCCCAUGUGACAGCAGUUUUGGGCGCUGAUUUGAGCACUGAAGCUGCGAUUGGGGUUGAGCUGCAUCAUCCCCCUGCCCCCUGGCGGCCCCGCCGAUCCAAACGUUGCUCCUGCUCCUCCUUGUUGGAUAAAGAAUGCGUUUAUUUCUGCCACCUGGACAUCAUCUGGAUCAACACACCCGAGCACACUGUUCCCUAUGGGCUUGGAGGUCCUUCCAGAUCCAAGCGUGCACUGCAAGAUUCAUUCCCUCUGAAGCAAUCAGACGGCAACAAUAGAUGCCAGUGUGCCAACCAAAAAGACAAGAAGUGUCGGGACUUCUGCCAGACGGGAAAGGAACUCUGGGCCCAAAACACUCUGGAACAAGGUCGGAAACAACUUAAGAAAGGUGAACAAUGUACAGACCUCGGGCUUAAGUGCGUGUACUGGCAGUUGGUGAACAGGAGAAAGAUGAGAAGGUUGGAGGCCAUCGGUAAUCGCAUCAAAGCGGCCUUUAACGUUGCAAAGCUGAAAGUGGAGCUGCACAUGGCAAAGACGGUGACGCAUAACCGGGCACAUGAAAAACGGAACAUCUGGGAAAGUCUGAAGACAACAUCUUAGUUGAGAAAUGGCUUCAUGUAAUCCUCAGAUGCUCUUCCAGACUGGUUGGCAAAGCGUGGCAGAAUCUCCAUGGCAGAAACUCUUACCCGUUCCAGGUUGGCAAGGGUCCAAGGGCUCUUAUGCUGAACAUUCCAAGAAAGGUAGAGGAGAUUGUAGCCCCUGCCUUCGUUGGGUUUCACCAGAAGAGAAGUGCUUUGCCCCUCCUCGCCCAGGAAUGUAAAUGGAUGGGUUACAUGGGACCAAUCUGGGAGGAAACAAAGACCAAGUAACAUACGUUAAUUAGUGAUGCAUCUGUCAGGAGAAGAGAAGACACAUUUGGAGAAGGUUCGAAAGGGAGUGUGUGUGUGUGUGUGUGUGUGUCUGUCUGCGUGUCUGACUCAUCCGUCUGGCAGAUUUCAGGGAGACACUAAAAAGCUCCAUGAGAAGAUUUUGCAAGGAAUGCACAAAUUGGAAACAUACGUUGGGGAAAGAAACCAACAUUAGAAAUGAAAGACUUCUUUUUUUUUAAUUCAUAAAAAUGCAAAACUGAAAGACAUUGUACUACUGUAUAUCAGGAUGUGUUUUGUGUAAACUAGUCUACCUCACCUUUAUUGCACUCCUGCAGAAGUAUUUUCCCACCUUGUUUUGCCUUUACUUUAUCGCUCCCCAGAAAAAAACACCUUACCUAGCUCAGUGGCAGACAUCAUAAUCUGGUGACGGUCUACUUGGAUCUGAAAAAUUAAGGUCUCUAGAUCGGGCAGUUCCCUUAAUUGGUUGUUUGUUGUAAAUGUGUCAGUAAAGAGUUGUUUAUGGGUGACACUGAAAGGUGAAAAUUGGGUGAAUUUUGAGAGCAGCAGAUUUAUUUACUUUAUUGGAACUGGCUAAAGAAGUUCGGAUUAAAUUUUGUGACAUACUUAUUUUUUUAAUGAUAUUUAUAUUCAGACAGUCUAUUCCUUAUAUUUACCAUGUUAAAUAUAUGUGAGGACAGGCCAUAUUGGUCUAUGCAUGUUUUAUGUAUUUCUGAAUGAAAUUGAGAAAUGCUUUUUGCCUGUCAAGGUAACUGACCCUAAAAAUAAAUAUUUUUCCCUAUUGAA